UGUUUGUUUUGGUUGCACAGCUGACAGCCCUGACACGUGCGGGGCUUUAACUUGUUAUUAUAAACCCUUGGGCUUAAUUUGGGCUGUAAAAGGUUUUUAGGCCCAUGGUGCUGAUGAAGACAAUUUUUCUGCAAACUUCAUGAUGCAAAAAGCUGUGAAUCUUCACUACCUUCCAGACCUCUCCAGGAUAUGGAAGGUCUUCAUGGUUGGAGUGAACUCUGUGCACCCUCAAGAAAUUGUGAGGAACUUUGUCAGAAGAGAGGGUGAAAAACUAGUUGUUGGUAAUGCAAAAUAUGACCUGGAGCAUAAUGUUUAUGCUGUUGGUUUUGGAAAGGCUGUGAAUGGAAUGGUUAGACCUGUUGAAAAUGUUCUGCAAGCCUCCAGCGGUGGAUCUCAUCUGCAGAAGGGUAUCAUAAGUAUUCCUGUUGGCAUAAAGAAACAACUGGGCUCAGCUGGCACAAGUGACAUUGUUGAGUACUUGGAAGGAGCCAAAAACAAUAUUCCAGAUGAAGCUGCCUUUGCUGCUUCCAAGAGAAUUGUGUCCCUGGUACAGGGCCUGAAGGACCAGGACAUCCUCUUAGUCCUGAUAUCAGGUGGAGGUUCUGCUCUCCUACCAUACCCUGUUCCUCCCCUCACACUGGAUGAAAAGCUGGCCAUUGUCAAAAGUUUGAGUCGCGCCGGUGCAAACAUCUCUGAGCUCAACACUGUCAGGAAGGCUUUGUCAGGCACUAAGGGUGGACGCCUUGCACAGAUGACAAAGGCAAAAACUGUUUCCCUCAUCCUGUCAGAUGUCAUUGGCAGCCCCCUUGACGUGAUAGCCAGCGGCCCGACCGUGGCGAACAGUGACCCACCCGAGGCUGCUGCAAAGGUCCUGCAGAAAUACAAGGUACCAAUAUCAGACACAGUGAGGAGUGUUCUUCAGGCCAAGGCGCUGGAGACAGUGACAGGAUUCUCUCAUGUCAACAAUAAUGUAAUAGGCAGCAGUGAUAUUGCCUUAUCUGCCAUUGAAACCUUUCUGAACCACCAAAAGGACAAUCACUCUCUUGCACUGGUGUUAUCCUCAUCCCUUCAAGGAGAGGCAGCCGAGGUGGGGGCCAGCAUGGCAGAGCUGGCAGCAGCACUGUCAGGCAUGGUUCAGCAGGAGCAGUAUGGCAGUGACCUGCUAAGUGACCACACCCUCCAAGCCUUGUGUGUAGAUCCCAGCAAGAAGACCCUCCUGGAGGCCACUGUGGCAAGGUGUCGCCAACUCAAGUGUCCUCUGUGGCUCAUCUUUGGGGGAGAGACGACUGUGACCGUUACUGGGGCUGGCCAGGGAGGAAGGAACCAGGAGAUGGUGCUGGCAGCCAGUAUUAAUCUUAAUAAGACUAUGCAAGGAUCCCCUUUUAGAGGUGAAGUGAUCUUCAUGUCUGGAGGGACAGAUGGCAUUGAUGGCCCCACGGACGCUGCUGGAGCCCUCACCUACUGGAAGGCACACAACGGUUCCACAGAAUCACAAGUUUUAGAGGCAAGCCGACAGGAUCUCGUGCCUGAAGCGUUCCUACAAGACAACAACUCGUAUACUUAUUUCUCCUCUCUGAGCGCGGGGAAGUACCUAUUCAAACCGGGCCACACUGGAACCAAUGUCAUGGAUGUCCAGAUCCUCCUCAUCAAUCCGUCCUAUUGAUGCGCAACAUGUAAACAGAAAAUAUGAGAUGCACAAAGACAU